AUGGCGCUGACUCUCCUGCCUAGGCGAGCAGCUGUUCGUUCAUUACACGCUUCAUCCUCGGCCUGCACUCGGUCGUUCAGCACACCCGUCAACGAUGCCUUCUCCCCAAUCUCGGCAACCCCUCCCCCUCCUCCAGAAGGUAGCAACGCGCUAUGGAGUGCAGUGAAUGCUCGCACACCCAGGUACGACUGGUCGAAAGAUGAGAUCCGGGAGAUAUACAACACCCCGCUCAUGGAGCUGGCUCACCAGGCGGGCGUGCUACACCGUCGUUUCCACUCUCCGUCAGCUGUCCAAAUGUGCACUCUCAUGAACAUCAAGACCGGUGGCUGCAGUGAAGACUGCUCAUACUGCGCCCAGUCGUCCCAGUACAACACUGGUCUCAAGGCAACGAAGAUGUCUCCCGUCGAUCAAGUCCUCGAGAAGGCUCGGAUAGCGAAGAGCAACGGCAGCACACGCUUCUGCAUGGGUGCAGCCUGGCGAGACAUGCGAGGCCGCAAGACCAGCCUCAAGAAUGUCAAAGCCAUGGUCGAAGGGAUUCGCUCAAUGGACAUGGAAGUGUGCGUGACCCUUGGCAUGAUCGAUCAGAACCAAGCCCACGAGCUCAAGGCUGCCGGUCUGACAGCAUACAAUCACAAUGUCGAUACCUCGAGAGAGCAUUAUCCCUCGGUCAUCACAACCCGCUCGUACGACGAACGACUUCAAACUUUGGCCAACGUCCGACAAGCUGGCAUAAAUGUCUGCAGCGGCGGCAUCCUUGGCCUUGGAGAGAAGCCAGAAGACCACGUCGGUCUCAUAUACACUGUGUCAACACUUCCAGCGCAUCCUGAAUCCUUCCCGGUCAACGCCCUGGUACCGAUCAAAGGCACACCCCUUGGGGACUCCAACAAGAAGAGGAUCGAAUUCGACGCUAUUCUCCGUACAAUCGCUACAGCGCGUCUAGUAAUGCCAGCGACCAUCAUUCGUAUCGCCGCAGGCCGGACGACUAUGUCUGAAUCAGAACAGAUUCUGUGCUUCUCUGCGGGUGCCAAUGCCGUAUUCACCGGUGAGAAGAUGUUGACCACAGAUGCUGUGGGCUGGGAUGCGGAUAAGGAGAUGUUCCAAAAGUACGGCCUCGUACCGAUGAAGAGUUUUGAGCGUGGGGGCUUUCGCGAGACGAGCUGGUCCGCCUUGAAAGCGGAGGCUGCAGCGACUCCUGUCGUCGAGGCUGCUGCGACUCAGCAGACCGCCACUGCGUAG